AUGUUUAUUCUCUCAUCUUGUCCCGCCUCAGAAGUUCUGGAUGGGUAUUCACGGCUGCGUGUUUGGGGCGACGAUACUAAGUCAACGCUGCGUCCCACUUGGCGAGGCUCGCUCGACCAUACUUUGCGCCACCACAAGGACAUCCACGAGAGCGUGGUGCAGGUCCUGGAACAGAUGAAGGAGCACGUUCGUCUUGGAUUAACUUUAAAGAUAUCCGCCGGGUGGUAUUUAGUUACUAAUGCGGUAUUUCUCAAGCAAAUUCGUGUUCUUCAACAAGGCAUUGGGGUCCUCAUAUAUUAUAAUGACGACGACGACGACGAUGAUGAUCUCAGCAGCUACUCAUACUCCGAAAGCGAGGAAAAGAUUGAACACCACCCACUUAACAAAACCACGACCUUAUUUGCGCAGAUAUACGAUCAAAUACGCCUUCUUUACACCUUUGGAGCCCUUCUACGUCAGCCAUUUGUGAGAGGAAGAUAUUUGAAUCCUACCAAUGGAUCGAGCCUCCAGUCGGCUUUUCUGCUAUCGGACCAGCUUCAUGUCGAAGAAAAGCUGAGGCAAUGGAACAAGGAAUCCUCUCCAGGCUCUCCCCACGAAGAGAACCAGGAAUGCGAGCCACCAAGGUCUAGUAAUGCAGAAGGGAUGGCAACCUCUCCGACUAAAACCUCAAACCGGGAGCCGAGCUUAGAGGACGAAAAUGAUACUCAAGUUCUGGUCAAAAGACUCGCGGCUGUCAACUCUGGACGACGGGAGCAGAUGAUCUACUGGGAGACGCACCCCUUCGAAGACUCAGCCAAAGCUACGUCCUCGAUUUCUUACUCACAGGCUGGAGCUGAAGCCGUACGCCACAUAUCCGAGUUGAAUGAUUCCAAGCCUGAAGUAGCCAAGUGCGAAACCUGCAUCAGAACCUUUCAAAUCAAGAACCGACAUGUCCAAUCACCUCCAAGGGCUACAUGA